AAAUGUGUUCAAAUUUAGCAGCUAUAUACGAUGAUUAUGUUAGUUUGGAUUACUUGUUUUUGUGAAUGAAUUUACCAAUGUGGAUGAUAUUACUUCCUACAAGACAAAACUGGAGGUUGAUAUGACGAACUCUGACGGGGAAGAAUGUUUUUACGGUGCUAGUGGAGUUGUACGCCCAACAUUUUUACCCCUGUCUUUAAAACGGAAUACCUUUUCCCCGACGUUACCGGGAACACCAGAGCAUGGUCUAUGUCCGUCGUUUCAUGGUUUGAUCGGUAUUGCAGAUCAUGACGUCACAGAAUGGGAAAUGCUUUCAUCAUCUAGAUAUGAUGUCAGUAAAUCCUGUUACGACGAUACAACCUCGGACGUGUUUGCGUCAGAAAAGGGCACUUUGCCCCGCGAAGAAAAACCGGCAGUUACGGAACCUCCGUGCAUGGAAAAUACACUAACUUCGAAGAAUAAAGAAUGUGGUUCACAAUGGAAUUCGAACCCCAAAGAGGAGAAAGACAACCAAUGUUGUUCGCAAUGGAUUAGGGCGUAUAUUAGCAAACUUUGGGCUAAAGCCCCCGCUGAACCACCACCAGAAAAUCCCCCAAAACCCAGACAAUUGACUAUAUUAGAAAGGGAAUUUACAUUUAAGCAGCUAAGUCCAAAACGACUUCGCAGAAUUUCGAGAAAGCGACAUAGCGCUACUUCACAAUUCGUAUAUUCAGCAUAUAUAGAGGACACUGUUGUUGAGCUGCGAGAAGAACGCCAUGGUGACGUCAUAUAUUCAAUUACGGUGAAGAAAGAUGGAAGUCUUCCAAGAUGCGACUCGACAUCGAGAUCGUUCUCCGAAGUCAACGUCAUCAAGGAGAAAAACACAUCGCGUCAAGUUAAAGGAGCGACGUUGGAUUUCAUGGUUCGAAAACUAUCUCGAGUAUAUGUCGGAGAAAAUGAAGAUAUCAAUUUUCUUAACGUAUUUCUGACGACGUAUAGAACGUUUUCAUCGCCCGAGGAACUUUUUACAAAACUAUAUGACGAGUACAUGUCCAUCAGGGCGGAAUCAACCUCCAGAAAUUUUCCGAUUCUAAGGUCCAUUGUUCGAGUAAUGCGAGCUUGGCUCGAGCGAUACGUCACUGAUGACUUCUACGAUGAUGGCGAUAAUGUACUUCUCAGAAGAAUGAUGGAUUUUGCGAGAAUUCAUGAUGAUGUAAUGAAUGAAAACGACGCAGUAUAUAUUGCAAAAACGACACAGAGGAGGCGACCCGUUAGUCCAAUUUCACCACGAAAGAAUGGCGUCGCGUUUGGAUCUGGCAGCUUUGCAGACUAUGUCGCAGCAAAAUUAGCGGUAGCAGGGAGACGGAAACGGGGAUCAGCUAAAAGUAGACCUUCAUCGUCGCCAGAUUGCACGCAAAAUCCUUCACUUGAUGUCAAAGCAGAAUCUGCAACUCUUAAUUCUUCUGCAGCGAAACAGUUGUUGAAUCCACUGACUCCUAGAUACAUUGCAACACAACUCACUGUCAUAGCCGCGAAACUCUUUCAUCGCGUUCAACCUCACCACUGUCUUGCUAAAACUCGGCCACAGACGGUUCGGGCAACUAUAGAUCAAUUCAACAAGGUGGUGUUCUGUGUGAUUGGCACAAUUUUGUCUCCAAGUUUAAAACUUUCGCAAAGGACAAAAUUGCUCUCAAAGUGGAUCGAUGUAGCACAGGAAUGUCGUGAACUCAAAAAUUUUUCUUCUCUCCGAGCGAUCGUCUCCGGCUUACAAACUGUCGCCAUUCAUCGAUUAAAAAGAACGUGGAUGGGAGUUCCUCCAUCACAAACUAACUUGUUAAAAGAACUUACUGAUAUCAAUAUGAAGGACUUGAUUACUAAGGUCGGCACAGCGAAAGUCAAUACAGAAGACAGCGCAAUAUCAAGCGUACGUAAAGAAGCAAUGAUUCGCCGUGUGCAAGAUUUACAUUCUGGCAUAGUUCAUGGAACUGUACCAUAUCUUGGAUCCUUUCUCACUGACUUAACCUAUCUAGAUACUGCAAGACCAGAUUAUUUGGAGGGUGGACUCAUCAAUUUUGAGAAACGACGUAAGGAGUUUGAACUUUUGGCCCAACUUCAACUAUUGCAAGCAUCUUGUAGGACGUAUCAAAAUCUAGAUCCUGCUUCCGAAUUUUUAAAAUGGUUCCAAUCAAUCACUGUGCUUAGUGAAGACCAAAGGUUUCAAUUAUCGAUGGUAAUCGAGCCUUCAUCUUCCAGUGUAACAUCUCCGUCGCAAAUUACUAGUCCUCAUAGGAAAACCCUUUCUGAGAUGAUUCAAGGAGAAGCGGAAAGAAGUAGUAUAUUAACGUCAACUCCUAUUAAUAAAUCAAUGAUGACAAAAAAAGUUGAAAAUGGAGAAAAAAAUAAUAAAGUAUCGCAGUCUUUUAAUGGAAGAAUCAAUUCCUCUAGUAGCACACCCGGUCAACAGAACCGUAUCGUCAAAAUUCGCUUGGUUCGAAACAAAUCCGAUGUUCUCUCAGAAACGACCACAGACAGCAAAUCCAUGAACAAUGUAGACAAACCAAUUGCCAACUGCGAAUAUAAAACAAUAUCGAUAAGUUCGGAUGAACGAAGAGCUGCUGUUAUUCGUAAAGCCUUAGAACUUUAUAUGUUGGAUGUGGAAACGAAUUUAAAAAGAUUUUCCCUAGUUCAGGUGCUAAAGGACAGUGAUAGAGUAAUUGAAAUACCAGACACGGCAAACGUUUACUAUGCAAUGAGUAGUUCAGAUCAUGAACCUACGUUAGUAUUACUUGAGGAAGGAGCUGAAAUACCGAAUAAUAAAGUCAAGCGCCACCAGUCAACUCCACAUCGUCCUAAGAAAAAUCGACAUCGUAAGAAUCACAGCAUGUCAUUUGUCGCGGAUUCAGAAUCUGGACGAAGCUCCCCACUUUUUACCAAUGUUGCGUCUGAAAUGAAAAGUCUUUAUCGCCAACUAGCGUUCGGCUCUGUCGCUCUGGUUGGAGGUUCGUCGUACUCUCCGAGCAACGCAGCUAGGCGAUCAUCUGACAGCGAAGGAAGCGAGGUUGCUGGGGCUGACGGUGUAAUACUCCUGAACUCCCGAAGUGGGACCGAAAGUGGCAGCAAAGGUAAAGAAUCUUUGGGGAAAAGACAAAAUAAAAUGCGUGCUACAAUGCCGUAUGGAGGUAAUCCCGUUGGAAUUCAGCGAUCAACAAGGUGCCAUUCUGCAGAUUUUCCAUUGGGCGUUGUUCUACCAGUUAGAGUAGUGAGACCCAGCAUGGCUAGGACUCUCAGUAAGGAUAUUAAACUUUCUAAAUCAGCACCAUGUAGCCCUCACCAAGACAGAAAACAUGGAACUCAAGUAUCUGAAGAUGUAGUAAACGAUAUUGAUGAGAUUACAGCAACUGGUAGACUCACCGAAUGGCCGAGAUAUUCCGCGACCUACAGCAGUACACGACCUACAACUUGGUCAACACGAAGAGCUAUGCGUAAACCAAAGAAAACCCGUUCUACAUCUACGUUUUACGUCGAUAAAAAAUCACUGGAUGUGAAUCAAAAACAGCAAACUCCUGACACGCCAACGUCGAGGUCAAAAUUUUACGUCGAAAUAACGGGUCCUUCAACCUACCAGGAAAGAGAUUCAAACCCUGCGUUUCAUCGUUCGUUUUCAGCUGCUACUUUGCCUCCGCGACUAUCUCCUGAUUAUUCAGGUUACGAUUAUGUAGAGCGUAGGCAGCCGUUUCGAGCCUCUAUUUCGUUAGAUGCAAGAAGUAUUGGAAACGGAUUAUCAAAAUGGGAUCAGUCUUCAUUGCCCAAGUCCUCCAGUUUUACCUCAUUGUCUUCAGACCAGUCUGUACCGGAUGUAACCGGUUCUGAUUCAGGGUCCGGAAUCCAUUUCUCUGUGAUUUCAAACGAAGAUGUUUUUCACGAGAAUCGCUCAGGAACAAAGUCCGAAAAGGAAAAUCAUCCGUCGGCUAACACCGUAUCUUCUCUAAGUAGUCUCGACGAAUCAUCCGGAGCUCCUGUAAUAAAAAUUCAAUGCGCUUCUCCUGACAAUUUACUCGAAGAUUCGGAAUUUUUCAAUCGAUAUGGCGGAAAUUCCGAAGAGAAUAAAGAAAUAUACGAAAACACAGAGGAUCAAAGUACUUAUCUUUGAAGACUGUAAAUCAGUGCUUUAUGUUUAUUUGAAGCUGAAACGUUAGAGACAAUUUGCCAAAUCACAUAUAAAUAAGAUAAUUUCAUUCAAAGAGCCGUCAACUAACACGUCUUGCCAACGUUUUAAAGGAUCCAGUAAAGGACAUUUAGUUUAUCAGGACAAUGAAUAUAAACAACAA